AAGGGAAUGUAUUUUACAAUAAUUUAUGAGGUUUUAACAGUCAAUAAUGAAAACAACUGUACAACCUUGACACAUAAUCAAUAAAACAGGCAUGUAAGACUUAACGCUUAAAGCUGUGAGACCCAUUAGAUUAUUAGAACUCAAAAUAUAACCAUGCAUUUAUGUCACAGAAACACAGUUUCACAGUUUUAAUCUGUGCAUAUCCAUAUUGAAAACGCCAAUCACAUGGGCUUGAAAAGAUAGCGGUUGUAAAGAUAUUGAAAUAUUAUUUAGCUGUGUAUUGAAGUACAGUAUGUACUGCUAACUUACACGCCAGGAGUUCAGGUGCAACAAUAAUGAAUACGCUGCUGCAGGCUCUUAUUCUCUUCUUGGUAUCGAUGCUCCAGCUAUGUUACAGCAAGCCACCAAACAUUGUCUUCAUUGUUGCUGAUGAUCUUGGCUGGAAUGAUGUUGGAUGGCGUAAUGAACAGGUACUGACACCUAACCUUGAUAAGUUGGCCAGAGAGGGUGUUAUUCUAAACUCUUCAUACGUUCAGCCAGUCUGCACACCGUCAAGAAAUGCUUUCCUUACAGGAUACUUCCCUUUCCACACAGGAUUACAGCAUUUUGUAAUAUUUCCACCUCAACCCUAUGGAUUGCCGCUGAAAUUCACACUACUUCCCGAGAGGCUGCGUAAACUUGGUUAUGACACACAUAUGGUGGGCAAGUGGCAUCUUGGUUUCUGUAAAUGGGAGUACACCCCUACAUAUAGAGGCUUCGACACUUUUUUGGGCUAUUAUAACGGAGAGGAACACUAUUUCAGCCAUGAUUACACAUAUCAGAACAAAAAAGGUUUUGACUUAAGAAAUAACACGAAACCGUUAAGGGAAGCAACGGGUGAUUAUUCAGCUAAUAUCUAUGCAACCAGAGCUAUUGAGAUCUUGGAAAAUCAUAACAAAUCCAAACCACUCUUUCUCUACUUGCCAUUCCAGUCAGUGCAUGCACCCCUCGAGGUACCUGAAAGAUAUAAAGACCUUUACCCUGCCGUCAAAACUCAAGCAAGAAGGACCUACCUUGCCAUGGUGUCAGCCUUAGACGAGGCUGUUGGAAACAUUACUGACACACUGAAGAAAUAUGGAUAUAUGGAUGACACAUUGAUUGUUUUCACAACUGAUAAUGGGGGCCCUGUUAACUGGGGCGCCAACAAUUGGCCCCUUAGGGGUGCCAAAGUGACACUUUGGGAGGGGGGUACCAAGGCGUCUGCAUUUGUACAUGGACCGAUGCUCAAAAAGAGGGGUUACACAAACACAGGGCUUUGAAAAUAAGAGUUCAAACAGACAACAUGUAAACCUAUGAGGAAAAAGACUGGUCCUUAACUUUUUUGAGGAGUAUAUGUGUUUACAAAAUGAAGCCAUUUGUGUUCAAUUGUUGAAACAUCUUCUUCAUAAUCAAUGCACUCGUGUGAUCUCCAGCCAGUUUAUAGUAAUAUAUUAUUAUUGUGAGUGAUCUUUAUACUUGCUAUAUGUUCUAAUAAUUACA